AUGUUCUCACUAAAGAUUGUGGUGUUUUUAUAUUUAGUGCAAAAUCCAGCUCCUGUAAAUAAUCUUUGGAUUACACCAUACCAAUAUGCAGCACGUGUGACGUGGAGUAUACCUACACCUCAACAAUCCAGUUAUAUAACAAAGGUCAUUAUAUAUCUCAACGGUGCAAAAUACGAGACUAUAUCUCGAGAAACUACUCGUAUCGUUAUUAAAAGAUUUAAACCGAAUAUUCGGUAUAAAGUUGAAAUUCAGACUGAAGAUGGUUAUUGGCAGAAGAGCACAAAAUUUUCUAAAUAUUUUGUGACCAAUAUAGCAGGUACCGUAGCAGAUAGGUUUCGUAAAACAUGUAUGUACUUCUGUGUUGGUGUAAUGUACUCAGGUGAAUAAGAUGCUUGUGUGAUGUUACUCUGAGUGUAUUUCCACGCCGGGCAGGCUUGAAAAAUAUGCCUGGCCACGGUGGGAUUCGAACCUACGACCUUUGGGAUACUAGCCCAAUGCUCUUCCAACUGAGCUACGCGGUCAGGACGGUUCGAGUAUGCGAUAUUUCGGAACUGAGUCUAGUUCCUUCGAUAUCUGUGUAAUCUAAUAAUCAUGAAAUCUGCUGUGUUGGUGUAAUGUACUCAGGUGAAUAAGAUGUUUGUGUGAUGUUACUCUGAGUGUAUAUCCACACCGGGCGGGCUUGAAAAAUAUGCCUGGCCACGGCGGGAUUCGAACCUACGACCUUUGGAAUACUAGCCCAAUGCUCUUCCAACUGAGCUACGCGGUCAGGACGGUUCGAGUAUGCGAUAUUUCGGAACUGAAUCUAGUUCCUUCGAUAUCAGUGUAAUCUAAUAAUCAUACUAUCAGUGUAAUCUAAUAAUCACAUAUAUCGCAUACUCGAACCGUCCUGACCUCGUAGCUCAGUUGGAAGAGCAUUGGGCUAGUAUUCCAAAGGUCGUAGGUUCGAAUCCCGCCGUGGCCAGGCAUAUUUUUCAAGCCUGCCCGGUGUGGAUAUAUACUCAGAGUAACAUCACACAAGCAUGUAUGUACUUUUUAAACCCUUUAACUAUCCUCUCAAAUAAACAUCCCUUUUGCAAUAAACCCCCAAUAGACUUUACCGUUUUCCCAAUGGCCUCGUUUCCAUUUUUGCCUGUUUUGGCAUGUAGGCCAUAUGGCAUGACAUAUAUGUUAUUUACCGGAUUGGAGGUUCGUAUAGAGAAAUAUUUCGCGAGGUCUUAAAAACGGCCCGAGGCCGAAGGCCGAGAAAUAUUUCUCUAUACGGACCGACCAUACCGGUAAAUAAUAUUUUUAUUUUUUUUUAAUUCCUCUGGAUUUCCCCAAUCACUCCUCCCGCACGCGAAUGAAGCUGCCAAAUAAAACGUCGUUUCUACCAAUGCUAUCGGGAAGAGAAAUAUCUUUUGUGAGAUAGUAAAAUUCGCUUUCACUGUGUUUUUCAUCGUCUGCAGUCAUUUUAAUGUUUUAAAAAGUAGCCUUUAAACUCGUCUUUAAAUUUUGAAAAAUAAAAACAUUGGCUCUACGGCUUUAAAUCUCGCGCGGUCCGUACGGGCUCAUACGGACCGCUCACGUAGCCAAUCAGAUUGCAGAAAAGCGUAAAAUAUGACUUCGGACCGCAAGAAAAAAAAUAAAGUCCUAUAUGUUGUGCAUGAAUAUGUUUCUCUUUGAUAUUCAACCCAAUCACAAUUAGCUUAACUCUAACCCUAUUGUGCGCGAAACAUGAGGAAAUAACCACAUGAAAACGAGGCUUUUGGGGCAAAAGUGCAAUAAACAACACAGUUUUGAGAUUAAUAUUUUACUCUUUCCUGAUAAUGUUUCAAAUAUAGCGGAGUUAAACACUGCAGUAGCACAAUAUACGUACACAUAGGACGAUGUAUGGUUCUAGUCGUCGGGAGUUCAUGACGUCAUUUGCCUCUAUUUUCACUGUAGGAAAAAUAUGCGAUAAACCUUUGCUCCAAGACACACACACCUUUCCAGACGAUCUGUUUUCUGGCAGUGGUGGAUCUAAUUAUCAAAAUGCGAGGCUUACUGAAGCUGGUUGGUGUGCUUCGGGUUCCAGAUCGUAUCUUUCUAUCGACCUUCAAAAAGAAUACCACUUAACACAAGUUGUGGUUAUAACUGAUAAGACACAGCGGAGUAGCACAUAUUCACUGAUAUACGGCCGUGCUGGAACUUGGAUCAACAGGGAUAGUCCAAUACAGGUAUUAAGUUGUAACAUUGAUCUGUAAAAUUUGAUUAUUCUAACGAUGAAGUUGCAUGGAGAAUAUACGUACGGCAUUCUGACGAAUUGUAUGCGUAAAUAGAUCUGCAUUGAUCGUGUCAGUUUCACUAGCUAUAACAACAUUGAAGUGAAACUAUAAGUCAUAAGAUAUAAAAUUUGCUAGCAACAGCAAAACGGACGCAGUCACGUAAAUCUUUUUUUUUCUAGAUCACAGAAAACCAGAAUGAAUAUCAACCAUUCAUUAAGCCGCUUAACGGAGUUUAUAAUGCGAGAUAUAUAAAGAUCCAAUCCACUGCAACUGAAAACAUAGAUUUUUGUCUCAGAAUAGAACUGUGUGGAGAAGGUAGGUUUCAAAUUUAAUUAUUGCUACUAUACCUUCUAUGGCAAUAGAAAGUAUAGUAGCAAUAAUUUUCUCUUAUUUAGGAGCUGGAGGUGGGGGUGAGCAUGCAUACUCCCCCCGCACUUUUCGCUAAAUAAAAGAAAAAUGGUAAUUAAAUAUAUGGUUAGAAUAUUCUGACAACAAUAUAGGCUUCGCUAACUCGUCCCGUCCCCCCAGUCACAUCCAAACACACUCCACGGUCACUGUGGGACUAAUCUUGUUUACGGCAAAUGUGAGGAGCAUUGGUCAGAUCUGGAACGUAGAUUUUCAUAUGCCGCCUACUCGAAAUGGAUAAAAUUAUUUGUUAAGACCGUGCGGUACUAAAAAUUGUGGGAACCACUGAAGAUUUGAAUUAAGUACAAAACAAUAGUAACUCCAGAAACAUGUUGCACGGUUGCGGUGUACAGAUUGAAACCUAGUACAGCCGGACAUAUUAAAGGUGAUGGUAACGAGAGAUCCUCGGCCCAUCACUUUUAAAGAACUCCCAUGUCUUCAUUGUGCACUGCGUCCCCAGUUUACAGUUUCUAUAGACAAUGUAAUGCUCUGGGCUGCCUUUGCAUUAUUUUCUAAAAAUGCUGUCGGCUGAGUGGUUAUAUUACUACCUUAAAAAACUAGCAGAAACUCGACGUUUUGGCGAAGGACCUUCGCUCGGGACGUCGAGUUUCUGCUUGUUUUUUAAGGUAGUAAUAUAACCACUCAGCACAGCAUUUUCACAUUGGUACUACCUACACUGGUACAGACAGUUUUAGUAUAUUAUUUUCUACCCGAAUAUUUUGAAUGCAGAACACUUUGACGUAAUCAUCAAACGCUCACAAACUGACCCAUUUCGCCGUGGAUGCCGUUUAAAAAUUGGAUCAUCGCUUAAUGAAUUCUGCCCUGUACGGGCAAGGAAGAAUUAUUUACUCCAAACACCUUCCAUCGCGAAAGUUGACCUCUUUUUCAUUUUGAAUCUGGAGCUCCACUCACUCUUGCAACACUAUAACUUCACAUCUACGCAGUUUACUUCAGCAGCAAGGACUAGACGAAACCAUGUAUGCCUCACAUAGCUUCAGAAUUGGAGCAGCUACAGCAACUGGUUCAGCAGGACUCCCUGCUUGGCUUAUAAAGACUCUUGGACGCUGGUCCUCAGAUUGUUAUGAAAGAUAUAUAAGAACUCCGAUGGACGUUUUAGUGUAAUAUCAAAACUGAUUGCAAAUUAAUACAAUCCAAAAAGUCUAAGUUUACUCUAUUAUUUAUUAUAUCUACUUUAGCUGUUAUAGUGUAUGGCUUACAUGGUUAUGUGGAUCCUUUUCGCGUACUUCAUGCAUGGAGGGUUUUGUACGUGCUCUGGUCACUCAUACCGUGAUUUAAUAAUGCAAGCAGAUCCAUUGAAUUUGCGUUAACGGUCCACAUAACCAAUCAUGCAGCUAAUACUAUAAGCGUGUCCUAUAGCCGGACUUGGCCGCGUCGGCAAUGAACUGAAAUGAGUCUGCAAUUACCUUAUUAUAGGAAAUUAACGAUGCACUUUAUUAACGCGUCAUACUGAUUAAUUAACGCGACAUCAAAUUAACGCGGAUUGCUUCUAUAGGUCUUUUAAAACAUUAACGCGAAUCUGAUCUUCAUGGUUGACAAAUUAAUUAAAAUUAACGCGAAUCGGAAAAUAUAGACACAACAACAACAACAAAGGUUUAAUGUUAAGAAGAGCACUGAUGUUUUUAGUUGACGUUAAUAUGCUGUAUUUUGAUAUUAAAAGAGUUAUAUAAAACAAAUCUAGGUAUUUUUAACUAACGAUAAAUGAAAAUUACAUACUUAAAAUUAACGUCACAUAAAUUAACAUUAAUUAAAUUAACGCGAAUUUUUAAAAUCCGCGUUAAUAAAGUGCAUCGUUAAUUUCCUAUAAUAAGGUAGUUCUUUCAAAUAAAAACAACAACAAAACUAUAAACGCUUAACGAAUCUGCCUUAUAUUGACAUGCUAUAUAAGCACAAAGAAAAAUUAUUUAAAAAAAAAAGAACAAAAAAACAAACAAAAAACAUCUCGUUCCCGUGGCGGAAAUGACAACCUAUACUUCGUGUAGAUUGUCAUUAAUGGCAGGGAAGUGCUGUCCGAUGGACAACACUUCACCACGUGAAGCGCAAUCACUUCUCAUUCAGGUCGCACUGAAGACCUGAAUGAGCAGACCUAGAGACUCGAUGUGGUCAGUCAGGUUAUCAGUUCCAGCCCAGAGUCAAGCAUUCCCUCUGCAGUCUGGAGAUUCGCCUGUUUCUCUAGAUAAAACUUAGGUUAGCGAAAGCCUCUAGACAGUUCGGCCGGAACUGUUUUCGAGCACUUCUCUGCCCAAAAUAUAUGCCACAAAAAUGUGUUUCGAGUUAUUAUUGUCUUGCUUAGUCGCCAGUUGUUCGAUUUUAACUAUCUGUCUCUUUCCAACAUAUUCGACUUCAUUAAAUUAGAAAAAAUACAGGUGGUGAACAAUCUCUUAAUUUAUAUUUAAAAAUCUAUAAUUACUGUAACAAGUUAUAAUUGAUAUAAUUUAUAAUUAAAAAUAAAUAUUGGUAUAAAUUAAAUGGUAUAAUUGUUUUCCCUGUCUUUGUUUAGUUUUGGCGAUUUCAGAUAUCUUCAUUUAUAUUCAUUUUUUCUAAUCGUACCCGCUUUGACGUCGUUUCGGGUAGGAUUAGAACUAAUUCUACCUGACAUGACGUAAAAGCGGGUAGGAUUAGAAAAAAUGAAUAUAAUGAGGUGUAUUAGUUAUUAAUUGCCCUGCGAGAACAAAGGGAAUACCUGCAAUCAUGAUAUUAUUCCUGUUUUUCAACCUUUUGUCCCAAAGCAUAAAAUUCAGAGCAUUUAAAUACCUUUACAAUGUGAUCAAUAAACCCGUAUGAAUUUUUCUUAUGCCUUGUAAUAAAUUUUAUCAGGAAUGUUUUUCGACUUAAAAAGUGAUUUUUAGUUCCGAAUUAAAUCUAUAAGUGUUACAAUUAAGUAAGAUCAAUUCCUUGCUAAUGUUUGCGGGUGUUUUUUUUAUCUUAGUUCAAAAGCCAGCUCCUGUAUACGAUGUUCAAGUUACACCAUCAGUCACCUCGGCACAAGUGACAUGGAGAAUACGUACAGCACCUGCGAUGUCCAGUUACAUAACUAAAUACUAUAUUUAUCUUGACCAACGACAUCGAUGGAUAACAUAUCGACGUACAGAUAAAGUUCGAAUUAAUAUUCCUGGACUUACAGCUUACACUAAGUAUACUGUUGGAAUUGUGGCUUUAGAUGGCUAUUCACAGAGAAGCAGCAAAAUCUCUAAUGAAUUCACGACCAUUGAAGCAGGUAAUAAGGAAGAAAGUUGGGUCACUGAAUAUGUCUAAUUAGUAUAAUUACAUAGGUGAUUAUUGAAAAUUCUCCACGCUGAUUGGUUGCCGUUGAGGUGAUUAUUACGCGAUAAUCACCUAAGCGAUUUUCAAAAUGGCGGCCGAAGCCUUUUUGUCAAUUAAAUGACGAAGAAAUGUCUAUUUUCUUAUUUUUUUUCCAAAUAAUCACCUAUGAAAUUAUACUAAAACAAUUAUUCACCUCAGGCUCGGUGAUUAUCGUGAAUAAAAACCUCGACUUCAUCUCGGUUUUUAUUCACCGAUAAUCACCUCGCCUUCGGCGAAUAAUUGUUAAUUAUAUGUAUAGGAUCACGUUUUCACGUCUUUUUCCAUAUUCAAGUUAUCAGUAUUAUUUAAAAGAUGUAAAAGAAAAAGAAAAUUUUGAGAAAACAGAUCGUCUUGAAAUUCAUCUACAAACGUGCUGGAAAUGUAUAUUGAUAGCAAUGAAUGACAUCAUCUUCUUUUUUUCUUUUUUCAGCACCUAGCGGAGCUCCAAGGUCGGUGGCUUUUACAAAGCGCAGUAGAAGCAAACUGACAGUAUCUUGGAUUGCUCCAUCUAGAAAUUCUCAGAAUGGUGAACUGACAGGAUACAAUGUUUGCUAUUCUGACAAAUCAAGAUCAAGUAAUCCGAGUUGCUCUCCAACAAAUGCUCACUCGAAUACUGCUCAGAUCAAUAAUCUUCAACCUGCUACAAAAUACUUUGUGACUGUCGCUGCUCGUACGAUUGCUGAUGGGCCUAAGAGUGCGGAAAUUAGUAAAAUCACAAAUGGAGGUAGACACAUUUCAGAUUAGGUUUGUUAAUGUUGAAGGCAAUUUGUUACAUCAAUUCAAGAUAACUGGAAAUUGUUUGUACACAACGACCAAGUAUUCCAUGAAUUAUCUUCGUGUACCAACACCAUGCAUAUCUUCACUUAUUUAAUUAAAUAAUAAAUACCAAAGAGAGAAUGUAUCGGUCUAUUGGCUGUGAUGCUGCUUCACGAAGUUGUCUAAGUAGGUUUUGGGGGUUUCGAGUAAACUGAUUUGUAUAUUUAGCCUUCUAGGCUUGUAGACAUUUUCGACAAACGGUUGGUAGGUUGGUAUAAUAAACUUGGAACAAGCAACCCAAGAAUGACUUCAUACCAACUUGUUGGAACAGCUUUAAAACGGUUUUACUGCAUGUUUCCUGUAGACAUAUGUGUAUAUAAUAUAGACUAUCUUAAAUAAUAAACUACUCGUGAUUUUUAGAGCGUGUGGAUCCUGUCGCGGCGUCUUAUUCAAGUCUAAACUUAACUAUAACCAAACCUGCUUCGUAUAUCAAGUGAGUAUAUCUGGCAUAAUCAUUAUUUAACUCAUUAAGAGACAGGAAAAGAGAUAUGUACACAAAAAACUGCACAAUAUUAUUAAUUGUCAUGAUUAAUCCAGAUUCGCUUCUGCAGUAUACAAUGUAUCAAUUACAUCAAUCAGUCAAAUCGCUAAGCAAAUCACAGUGACAGAUUGAACAAGUAAAAUUGACACAUAAUGAAACAAAAUAUCACAUUAGCAAAAAACAUAGUGGACAUACUUGCAUAUAUAUACGACGAAUUUAGAAAAUAACAAAGUAAAAAAAAAACAAUGAAUAACCUGAUGGCGUAAAAAGUUGGUGGGUCAUUGAAUGGCAAUGGUCAUGAAAGAGCCCAUAUAUUGUCUUGUUUUGCAUUAAAUUUUAGAGAAGUGAUGAUCAUCGUAAAGGAUGCUCCAAAAGAUCGAGGAGUAGAAGAAAUUGAGGAGAGCGAUUUGAAGCCUUACGAUGCAAACACGAGAGAUCCUUAUGUCACUGCAUACUUGAAAGUUGAUGAUCUCCCUCAGACAUUCAUGAUCGGUGAUGGGAAGGAGUAUAAUUCAAAAAUACAAAAAUAUUUCAACCAGCCUCUGAAACAGAAUUCAAGUUAUAUCUUGUUCCUAAGAUUUUUUGAAAGUCAGGUAAAUUUUGUAAAAACAGAACUUGUGCAUGCGUUUAUAUUUUGGACGAAAACGUGAUGAAUGAAUAUUUUGUUUUCUAAAGGUCUCUCACUACUCGUACUACUCGACACAGUGGAGCAAAGUUGUUAAAACGUUUGCAAAACCUCCAGGUAAUUUUUCCAAGCAUGACAAAUUAAAUAGGAAAAAAUGAAAAAUAUGUAUGCGUUAAUUGUGGAAAAAGUUGAACAUUUAAAGACUAGUAAGCAAAACUGAACUGUCCAAUUGUCCCAUCGGAACAGCACAGAUAUACUAAUUUGGGGAAUAAUGCAGGAGCACGUUAAUUUAACUCCCAAUAGAUUAUGUUUCGAAAUAAAUUUACUCCACAAAUUAGUUCAGUCUGAGGCAAAGCCUUCGUAUCUGAUAAUGUCUUAUUUGGAGGUUUAGAUAUAAUAUCGCAAAUUCACAAAUGAAUAGCAUUUUAAGAGAAAUUAUAGUAAUGUUUAAAUUUGACGAAACGUUUUGUUAAUUAAGAUCGCAUAUUCCGUCACAGUAGUGAUUUCCUUUCUUCUUUGCAGCUCCUGUCAACUUAAAAAUUAUUUCUACUGCCCCAAAAAAGUACACCAUCUCUUGGACUCAACCAUUCCUUCCUGAACAGACAACCGUCCUAAAGUACCAUGGAAAUUACAAUGCAUCACAAGGGACCUGUAAAACAUUGAGUAUAUCGUCAGAAAUGAGAUCUGUUACUAUUGACGUUGAGUUUAAUAAACAAUAUACGUUUGACAUACAAGUUGAGACCCGGGCUGGAAGAAGUGAUGUAAUAUCAAGAUCAUGGAUCUCACAUUCAGGUACAGUAUAUAGGAGAUAUAUUUUAGACUUUAGAGAUAUGAUUUUGAAAUAUUUAAGUUUCUUUCUGACAUGCACGGAUGCACACUAUAUAAUUACACAAAUCAGAUGAACUGACGUAUUGAAGAUAUAGAAAUGCUGGACUCUCUGCAAUGAUGUAGGUGAAGACCUUGUACCUUUGUAAAUAUAUUUCACUAGAAUGCAAAGGAGUUCAAACCACCCCAGAAUGAGUUUAAAUGACUAAAAAUAUCUAUAAUUGAUUCUAAUAAGAGUACUUUUAGUCUGGCUCUUUAUUUGUAGUAAGUUCGUAAUUCUUGAAAGGGAAUGCACUGAAAUUAGGUAAUUUUUUGUAGCUACUAUAAUCUCAAAAGGUAUAUUAUCUUUUAAAACUAGCUUCUAUUCACGUCUAAUAAUGAUUAUAAUAAAGAUAUAGGUGUUUAUUUCAUUUCCAGCGCCUUUAAAGCUGUCAGGAAAAACGGAUGAUGGUUACAUAGUAAUACUUAUAAAGCCAAAGGAAGAACAAAAAAUAAAGUAGGUUUAUAUCAAAUAGGUUGCAAUUUAGAUGAAUUUUAAUACUAUAAACGCGUCAUACACAGUGGUUGUCAUUAUUAAGUAUUCCAAUAGCACGAUGUUUAUUACAUAUGCCUUCCACCUUAGUCUUCUGUAGAAAAUAAACAGCAUCGCUGUCAAGCGCAUGCGCGAAUCUACGAAAAUGACAGUGUAAAUGCCCGUCAAUACAACAGGAUUAAAUACGGGAAAAGCGUUUACUAUAAGGAAAGAUUGAAGGUAUGGCUCAGGAAUUUCUCCGGAUCUUCCUUGUGACAAGACGAAGUUAUAUCGAGUUUAGACUCAAGUCAUUUUCUUUUCAGUUUUUGCUUGAGCUUCAUGAACAUAGAGAUUAUAAAUAACACUAGAGGAGGCAUCGAGUUUAAAAAUUGGGAACGCAGCUAAUGGGGGGCAAAUUCAAGUCCCGGAUAUAAAAUCGUUCUCUCAUUGGCUGAUUUGAAACUCGUCACCAAUGGGAACACGAAUACACAUCCGGGACUUGAAUUUGCCCCCCAAUAGUCGCGUUCCCUUUUUUUUACUGAAUUAAGAUUACAAUGCCUCCUCUAGUGUUAUUUAUAAUCUCUAUGUUCAUGAAGGCAAUACUGUUUUGCAGCCUUUUGAGUGCAAGCAGUAAAUACGCGAACGAAAUGAUAACUGUUUAUAUAACAAGGGUGGCUCAGCUCCAUGAACCCGCCCAUCCCUUCAAACUGCACUGCAACUAGAUUAACAUAUUUAUUAUGGGUAAAUUGUUCUCCCUGGUUGUCCAGUAAUGGCCAAUCCAUUAAUUAUCUAAUAUUGCUACAAGAGGAAACCUGUGCUGCUCGAGUCAAACUAGAAGCACUGUUCUGGCGACAGAUGCCAAAGUAUAACUAGAAAAUUACAUUUUAAAAGAUUGAACUCGGAUAGCUGAGAUGAGGCGCAUGCAUCAUCCUCUACAUGUACUACUAUCAAGCCAAUACACGUUAGGAUUUUAAAUAAUUAUAAUCUUUUUGCUUGUUAGGACUGUCGCCCUAGUUAUUUUUCAACUUCAAUCAGAGUCAAGUAAACCUCCCGCACCUGAAAAUCUCAAUGUAGAAAAUUCUCCUCCCUCGGACACGAAAGCAAAUAAUGUCGUCUUCAUUGCUAAACAGUUCGAUAUAACCGAGUUCCAAAAUGAUACAGUAGAAAUAUUUUUGCGAGAGUCUAAAGGCAACAGACGAAGGAAAAGAGAAGCUGUUGAUGUUUAUAUAUUGAUACCAAAUACAAUGUAUAGAAUCGCGCAAAUGAAUACAGACGGUGCAGGGGUAUGUACAUAUAAAACAUUGGCAAAAAGUGAUUUUGUAAAUAUAAAUGUUUUUCAGUCGUCCGCUUCAGCCUCUUGCCCGAUGACUCGAUAUAUCUGUUAACACCUUUCGUUACCAGUAGCAUUUAUUUGAAGGGCGAGAUAGCAUCCUAUUAGGUAAAUUAAUGUUCUUUAUUUUAGAAUCCGUUUUGGUCAUACUGGAGUGAUCCAUUCACGUUUACCAAAGGUAAUGUGGGGAAGGUUAUAGAUGGGUUUUUAUUUAGCUAAUUUAGCAAGAAGCACCGAAAAGGAAAGUUCCCCUUCCACCUGGGAAUAGUUUAUAAUCGAAAAUUCGCAUUUUGUACUUGUUUGAAACGUUUUUAAUACUGUUCCUAUAGUGAUAAAAGACGACCGUGAUGGUGAAAGUGGUGGUGGAAGUGUUGGUGCGGCUUCUUCAUGCGUUAUUAAUGAAAAUUUUUAAACCUUUAAGGCCCUGUCACACUAAACGUAUGAGAAGCGUAUGAAAAUUAAUGAAAUAAUUUUCAUACGCACAAAAAUCCUUUGAAAUGCCAGCGUAUGAGUACCGUACAUCUGGCGUACCUCUAGCGUAUUCAGCGUUUGCCUAGAGUAUGCUUAUCGUAUAAAGCAUACGUCCGAUACGCACAAAAUUUUUGAGCAUGCUUAAAAAAAAUUUUCUGCCUCGCCGUAUGCCAGCGUAUGCCACCGUACGCGACCGUGCUUGAAACGUAUACAACCUAUGCCUAACUUACCCCUAGCUAUGUCAGCGUAUACCGGCGUAUGUGUGAUAUUUUUCAUACGCUGGCAUACGCUAGUACGAUACGCAAUUGUGUGACAGGGCUUUUAUAUAGCAGACGGUGAUGAUAGUGGUGAUCCAGGCAAGCGAGAUGAUGGUGGUGUAAGUGUUGGUGCGGCUGUGGGUGCCUCAUUUGCUGUCGUUGUCAUUAUCAUAGCCGUGGUUCUCGCUUUUAUCUUUUUCAGAAGAAGGUAAUGUGAUGUCUGCUUUUCCAUUCCAAACGUAUUGUACCAAAACAUAGCGUAUUUCUUUGUUUUGUAAUUGCUAUAGAGCAGAACUAAUGACAUUAGAGAGGUUAAGAUACCCCGUUUUCGGUGUACGGGUACGAGUAGUGUCAUCUUGUUUUACUGAUGUCUGUAAUUCGAUCAUACUUUUUCUGUUGUCUUGCAAUAGACAAUGAUAUAAUGCGAAAAAUGUGCACCUAAAUUACGAGUAAAAGUACAGACAUCGACGAAAAUAUUGCUAACCAAAAUCAUGCUACCCGUACCCGUACACCGAAACCGGGGUAUCUUAACCUCUCUAAUGAUAUGUAAGAAACCGACACGGUCCAUUUUGGUACGCUUGAAGUAAAAACAAGCUCAAAAUACAUGACAUGUGUCGAUUGCUUUCGGGUUUGAGUUGUAGUCCUAUAUACAAAUAAUGAAUGUUUAUGAGUGCAAUGGUAAGAAUAUUUUCAUGAGGUGAAAGAUGGAAUGUUCCAUUCAACGAGGCGACAGCCGAGUUGAAUGGAACAUUCCAUCUUUCACCGAAUGAAAAUAUUCUUACCAUUGCACGAAGAAACAUUCAUUAUUUGUUUUAUAUAAUACCAAAAUAGACUAAUAGAUUCGUAUGAGAAGCAUUUUGAGGGAUGCGAUUUAUCGAAAACACAAAGAGUGCAAUUGUACUAUACGUUUUAUUCCAUUGCACUCGCGGAGAGUGCAAUGGAACGUGUUCCAUUGCACUCUUUGGAAAUGGAAUUUUCUAUUCAAUAUCACGUGACCAUAAACAGCCAAUUAAACGAUUAGAAUUUAAUAAGGUAUUAUAUAAUAGCAGAUAUUACAUUAAGGGUGAUCUAAAGACGUUGUUCGGUUCCUUAUAACUUAGACUCGACUGAUACAUUAUAUGGGUCAAGGUAAGCAAACGAUUUUUUGAAUAACUCGCGAGACUUGUCAACAAUCGCUGUGAUCAAAAGCGGUGUUUGGAAGCACAGCAAAUAAAUAUCAAUAAUCUUUGUUAUAAUAAAUAUCAGUGAUACUUUGAUUAAGACGAUACCUAUCUUCCACAACGAUAUCUGUCUGAAUGUAGUAGGGUGAUAAUAUCUUCCACCAAAGCUCUUCGUCACUUAGGUAAUUAACAUGUCGAUCCUACAUCCUACAAACUCUUCUAACGAACACUUUACUUGAAACCUCGGGGAGUGUAUGGCUUUUUCUCAUCCUGAUGUUACUGUGGAAUAAAGUUUCUUAAUCUUAAAUUCGUGACCAGCCCUGAACCACGAAGUUUAAAGAUUAUUCUUACUAACAUUCAGCACCAUUUAUUUGUAUGGUUCACAUUUUCUCAGGAGACCACGCGAACAACACGAAAACGAAGACAAAAACAAAAACAAAGAGAUAAAAGCUGUUAGUGAAGAUGAAGACAAUCUAGAUGAAGACAAUCAAGAAGGCAUUUAUUUAAAUAAAAAUGGUAUGUUGAAAUAGAGUCUGAAUGGAAUUGACUGACUACACUCGUCAGGCCGUAUUUUUGACUAACAAUUAACUAACAAAAUAACUGCUAACUGAAACAGCCGUUUUAUACUGCUCAAAGACCCUUAUUAAACAAAAAUUUCCACGGACAGAAAAUUUCCCGAAAUAUCAUCGUUAAAAGUUGAAAAUAUUUUUCCGACGGAAAAUUUGUGUCGGCCAUCACAUUUUACAAAAUUUUCUUUCUGCGGAAAAUUUUCCUUGGUGGAAAUGGGCCUUAAGAUCGGGGGUUCUAUUCUCGCUAGGUGAACACUCUGCCAAAAAGUCGUUGGUUUUCUCCGGGCGUUCCGAUUUUCUCCCACAUUGCGCAAAGUUGACAGGGUGGGUUGGUUCGCGAAAUAUUGAGAGUGUGAUGUUGCCGAUACAAAUCGCAGAACGGCCGCAAUUUUCGAUCGUAAAUAAUUUGAAAUUUUCCUAUUAAGACGACGUCGAGGAGAACGUGCAUCCGCCUGUUCCGGUUGCAGAAUUUGCACAUUAUGUGAACGAAAUGAAAGCAAACGAUAAUUACGAAUUCCAAAAAGAAUAUGACGUAAGUAACGGAAACACUUGAAAAAUUGCAUAUCGUAGAAAUGUGACAUAUUCUUAUGCUUUGAACAGGGAUGGCAAACGGCGCGCUAUCACCUUUUUGAGUGAUAACGUCAGUCUUGCAUGUCAUUUUAUUGAACAUUGCAUUCAUUUAUUUAAUUUAAAGCACAGUGGAGUGCGAAAAUAUAUGGGAAAUUAUACCUUGUCGCGAUGAAAUAAGAAAAAUUUAAAUCAUCCAUUAAUUGUGUAUUUUUGUUUUUAUAUUGUUAUUUCUGUGUACAGGAUUUGCCCUCAAACACAAAUACAGCCUGGGAAGUGGCUAAGAAGCCGUUCAAUAAGCAGAAAAACAGAUAUGGAAAUAUCGUAACAUGUACAGUAUAAGACAUUUUUACAUACUUUUCAUUUGUGUACAUAACCAUUGCAAUAUUUUGUAUGUCGUUAUAUCUUAAGUUGGAUUGUACGUUAAUCAUUCUAGAUGAUCAUUGUCGCGUUGUUCUCUCGGGAGAUGAAAAGGACGACUACAUCAACGCUAGCUACAUGGACGUAAGUUCUUCAUUAAUUUCUCCAACUUGAGUUUUCUUAGUUCCUUUUUAAAAACUCCUCAAGACCUUAAUCCAUUACCUAAUGACAUAACUUCAUAACUUAAUGACAUAACUUUAUUGCCUCAAUUCAUUACGUAAUGACAUAACUUCAUAAAAGUACGAAACCGAAUAAAAUUCAAUCUUUGGACAAUUACCUUGAAUCGGUUUUGGAGAACUUUACGAUACACUUACAUAUAUACCAAGAAAUCAAGUCGAGUUCGCCAGGAAACCCCACAUACAUAAAAAGAACACCCAUGUAGGAAUUAUUUCUUGGCAAGUUGCUUCUCUUAACCUGUUUUCAUUACAAUAGUUUUGACUACCCACAUCACCGUAGUUUGAUACUGCAGUUAAAAAUUAUAUUAGUACAGUAUUUCGCGAUAUAUAUCUACAUGAUACACAAAAUUUUAAUUAAUACAUAGUUAAUUAUAAUUCAACUAUACAGUGGGUGAGAUGAGAGAGCUAGUUAUCUGAAAUUAACAGAAAAAAACGAGAAAAUAAAGAGGAAGUAAAAAAAGCAGAACAAUUGAAAGCAGAACAUAAAGAAGACUUACCUAUUAUGUCCAUGACGUCUUUUUAAUGACGUUUCGAAGUUUGAUAACGAAUUAGCGUUUUAAUUAACUUUCCGAUUCAAGGACCAAGGUUGUUAAAGUGAUAGAAUGUACCUUAAUAGAAUGUGCUUUUAAUUAAUUAAUGUGCAUUAAAAUGUGCCUUUAAUAUUGAAUUAAUAUUCUCUACUUAUAGGGAAUCAAGGAAAAUGCAUACAUUGCAACCCAAGGUGAGCAGCUGUGUGGUGGUUUAUUAGAGAUUUGGAUCACCCCGGCAAAAUAAUUUUUUUAAGUUCAAGCAUUUGCGUGUCAGCAUGGUGUAUUCGUGUACUGUAUAUUGAUUGCAGUUGUUUCCAGUAAAUAUGAACAAUUUACAGAUCCUUUUUUCACUUUCUUCAUUUUGAAAGGUCCUACUUUACUUACUUUAAAUGACAUGUGGCGAAUGGUUUGGGAACAACGCAGUUAUUCCAUUGUGAUGGUGACUUCCCUUGUUGAACUUUUGAAGGUAAGUAUGUUUUUAUUGCCCUUUCUUUCUAUGUUGUACAGUAUUGGUACUAUCUCUACAUUGUAUUACUGCAUGUACAAUUUAUUGUAACUGGUGUAUCAUUUCUUUUCCAGCCAAAAUGUGACAAAUACUGGCCUGACGAGGGAACCGAAAAGUACGGAGAUAUUGAAGUAACUUUGAUGAAGAUUGAAGAGUUUGCUUAUUAUGUCAUACACACUUUAGAACUGAAAAAGGUAGGGGAAAAAUGCAAUAAAUGUGACAGUUUUGUUUCGACAGAUUAACCAGGCCCAACGGAGAAGAAGUAGAAUUAAAACAUGUAACACAUUUUUUAAUUUUUCUGGUCUUUACUUCUUUUGAAAAAAUUGUUCUACCAUUACAUGCUUUUCUGUUCUUUAUUUUGAGUUGUUUUAUUUUCUGUUUUCAAUUGUUGUGGCGCAUCUGUCUCAGCUAAUUUGGGAUUGUGGUUCGAUACCUGCAAUAUUCAGACGUGUUUGAAAACUUUUCCCAGUUUGAUUUUACCAAACACCACAGAUUUAUACCCUCCCCCCAGUAUCUUAUCCUCCUCACCUCCUGUAUUAAUAUUGCACAAAUUAGAAACUACGUUAUUACUAAACCUCUGGGGAGUUUUAUUACUUUAGAUUUCCUUCUGUUGCAACGCUGGAUCAAUAAAGGAAUGGCCCUUAAUAUCCAGAUAAAAAGAAUUAUGCUACGGUGUUAAAUUACUAUAAGUAACGCCUUCUCGUUAACGUCUGCAGUAAAAGUUAACUACUUCUGUUUAAAUAACGCUGUUUAGGACAAAGAAGAACGUGAAGUGCGACAUUACUUCUUUCAAUCUUGGCCUGAUCACGGUGUACCUAAAUAUCCCACUCAAAUCCUGGCUUUCAGAAGACAUUUCAGAACACAUCAUAUGGAACAAUCUGGACCAAUUAUUGUGCACUGCAGGUCAGAUUCUGAUAUUCUUUAUAUUUUUGCAUCAACAAGGCUUUUCUUGUCAUUGAAGCAACCACUCGUAAUCUUAUACUCGUUUGUAAGUCAAUAAUUGUGUGAGCUACAAAGUAGUAAUGACAAACCAUUGGGUGUCGGUCGCGCAAUUAUUAGAGCAAGCGCCUUUCACUUCAAAGGUGCCGGUUCGAUUCUUGCCAGAUAUACCGGUUUCUUUCCUCAGGGAAUGUUUACAGGGUGGGGUGGAAAAUAUCCCAGAAUAACGCAUCUGUGCUCCUUGAUCUGACAUGAUCGGAGCUGUACUCCUUGCAACCUCGUUCCCAGGGUCUCUCCUUCUGUCAUCUGGGAGAGACCCUGGCUGCGGCUGGUCACGUGCCUCCCAGAUUCUGGGAGGUAAAUUUAAUUGUAACUGUGAGAGGGGUGGGAAAGGAGCGUGUUUGUAGCGUUUUAAAAUUGCAACUUUGGGUGAUGAAAUUUACUGUAAAUUUGCAACAAGAAAUCGUAAAGAGAACUCUUAAAUUAAUAUUUAUAUCGUGACGCUCUACUCUAUAAUCUGGUGUCGAGUUACAAUUCAAGCAAGUUGGAUCAGAUUUCAAUAUUCAACUUAUAGAUUUGCCAAAGAAAGCACGCUUGCCGCUUGUGCAGCGUGGCGAUAUUAAACCUACAAGAAAAUGUAGAUCUCUAGACCGAACAGUGUGGUUGUUAUUUAUUUAGUAUUAAUGUCUAUCCUGAUACUCUGACCAAAAGAAUUUAUUUAUUGAUGAGAUGUGGAAUUGCAACGAAAUAGCGAGAUCUUUUGAUUUCCGAAAUAUCGCCAACUGUUUCCAGAUUGUUGAUCUAUAUAAAGGCCUUAUCAAAAAAACUUAAAGCCCGUCAAAACACUAUAAAAUUGGCCCUUGGCAUUGCUGAAACCAACGAUCAUGGUAUAUGUCAAAGUAUAGCUGUCUGUUGAAAAUCUACGGUAUUAAAAUCAUACACCUGCAAAGAUAAGUCAAACGACAAAUUAUAUGUCACUAUAUUAUACAUGUCUUUCAAUGAGCACUGUUUUUAGUAGUGUUUACCACCUUUAUAAAUUUUGUAAACAGCUUUCGUUUUGACAUGAAUAAGCUUUAAUUUUUUGCUGUAUAUGCAUUCUUAAUAAUACAAGUGAGAUUUAAAUUUUUGCUUUGACUUUGUGAAGUAGAAUACCGUUAUUUUUUAAUGGACAGCUUACAUCGUCUAUAUCAUAUCCAGGAUUGCUUGUGUGUGAACGCAUUAUUCACUAUAUGACACUAUCAAAUAAAUAAAUGAUUAAUGAAUUAGAGAUAAACAGGUGAUUCACAAUAAAAACUUUAGAAAUGUUAGUAGAAGUAGGCUAGAAAACUCGAAAAUUUAUGUCUAUUCGUAUGAUGCCAAUGACGGUCUGUGCGCAUCUGACACUGUAAAUUUGCGAUAUAGAUUAUAGUAUGUUAACACAAUAUAAUGAUUAAUAGAGACCAAAAAAAGGCUAAAGUCUUACUAUAAUUACCGAAAACGAAUUAUGUAUUAAAUCCAGAUAAACCAAUGACUGAAAUUUCCUCUAUACUUAUAGACAUUUCUCUGUUCGGCUAUUAUCAAAUGUUUACAUUUGCUAAUAUUGGGUCAGUCCUAGACAAUACUGUUUCUUUUAAAAAUCUUAUAAACAAGACGCGUAGUAACAAGUGAAUCGGUACAAAGCGUAUCAACGUUUACAAGAAAGGACGAAUGUAAUGGCGUAUUUUAAAAACAAUACAAUAUUAAAAGGUUUGUUAUAACCGCGCUCGAUUGUGAAGAGAGCAUGCAUUGAAUAACAACGCGACAGAGCACGUACUGCGAGUAACGAUUUGCUUUGUUUCUUGACUUGACUGUAAGUAAGAAUGUAACUUAUGUAAGAAUGUUCUUGUAAAUUCAAAACAAAGAAAAUAAACAAAAAUUAGCAAGUAUUUUGAACGUAAUAAUUCGCAAAAUUUAUGUUUUUAACGAAUGUUCCACUGGAAGCAUGUUUAUGUAAUUUGAUACUUUCCCCACACCCCCUCAGGCGCUAAAUUUUUGAUGAGGCACGUGACCAGCCGCAGCCAGGGUCUUUCCCAAAGAAAGAUCCUGGGUACGAGGUUGUGGCACUAGUUGUCAAAUAGAAAUCCAUUUUAUGAUUAAAACAACUGAAUAUCUCCUGCAACAUACUUUAUUUCGAUUCCAUAUUUUUGUCAGAGCUAUAGUUCUCAUAACCAAACAUAAUUACAAAAUUUCAACUAGUUUCAUAAAGAUUAAUAACGAAAGAUAUAUUAAAUUGACUGAAUACAUCAAAAUGGAUUUCUAUUCGGACAACCCUUUCUGAGCGCUGAUUGGCUAGAAUACGAACACGAGAUCAUAUGGCAUAUGAAAAUGACGUCAUUUGUGAUUUCACUUCCGCGUUGAAAGACCGAGGUUGAUGUUAUUUUUAGAGGCGAUGACGGAGCUGCUGACCCGUAUUAAGCUUUAUUUAAACUGGAUAGCUCUAUCAGUUAUUCCUAGAGGUUCAGUGAAGAACAUCUCUUGAUCCAGUGUUACUACAGGAAGAAACCUAAGCUAACUUUAUUUACACCGAAUAGCUCUAUCAGUUCUAAUUUGUUCUUUCCAGUAAGAAUCAUCUCUUACUAAUCCAGUGUUAAUACAGGAAAAAACCUAAAGUUAACCGACUUUUACAAUGGAGAGCUUUAUCUGUUCUUCCUGGAGGUUCAGAGGUCCAGUGAGAAUAAUUUCUCAUUGAUCCAGUGUUACUACAGGAGGAAACCUAAACUAACUUUAUUUAUACUGGAUAGCUUUAUCAGUUCUAAACUGUUCUCCCUAGAGGUCCAGUAAGGAUUAUCUCUUAUUGAUCCAGUGUUACUACAAGAGGUAACCUAAACUAAACUUUUAUUUAUACUGGAUAGCUCUAUCAGUUCUAAACUGUUCUUCCUGGAGGCCCAGAGUAAGAAUCAUCUCUGAUUGAUCCAGUGUUACUACAGGAGGAAACCUAAACUAACUUCGUUUAUACUGGUAGCUCUAUCAGUUCUUAACUGUUCUCCCUAAAGGGUCCAGUAAGACUGAUGUGAUGUCAAAGAAUAAACAAUCAUUCUUUUGAGGAGAUGAACUACAUUUUUGUUUAUGAACAAUUUUUUUUAAAUUACAUUUUUUUCAAGUCAGCUAGACUGUGAAAGCCGACACACUAUGGCGUUCUGAGCUAGAGACGUUACAGUAUCUCGUUCAUCUUCUUUUUAUACUAUUAAAUUAAAAAAAUAAAAUGUUCUCCUAAAAAAUAUUCACAUAGUGUCUCGGCCAGGAGUUCCUUAACAGCCUGAGGUUUUCAAGUCCACUGAUCAUGGUUUAAUAUUUUUAUGGCGUUCUUUCCAACAUCUCUGCAUUCAUUAAUUUGCGUCAUUUUUUGCUGUAGCGGUUGUUUGUUCCAUUCGUCUUAAUAGUUGCAAUUUCUUUGCCUUGAAUCGUAGUGACAUUUUUCGUCUUUCAUCAGACAAGACUAG